CUCGUAUCUUGUUUUCGACCGUCUUGUGUUUUCGAUCUAUGUUUAUAAACUUACUUCCUGUAUACAGCGCGCGCGCCAUGACGUCAUUUUCGGCUGCUAUACUUAGCACCAAAUGUAAACACAACACACGUGUAGUAAAAUGUUCAAAGUAAAGUUAUCAGAGGUAGGUCUUUUGUUUUGUUGGUCCGAUGUCGGAAAAUUCCACUUUUCUCUAAUGCUUAUUUUUCAAUUGAUUAAUUAUAGUUCUAAUUUUAUAAUUUUACAUGUAAAAUAAAUAAUCUUUAUUCCUAUUGAAAUAUACAUAGAUGUCAUCAGGAUGCAAGGAUUUCAGAUAGAUUGGAGCGGAUCAAUCAUUUUAUUUCACUCUGUCAAAAUUACCCUUUUCUUAGAUAUAUUUUAUAAAAUUUAAGAAAAUGCUCUGAAAUUUAAUGCUUGAAAUUUACAGGAGGUCCAUCAAGUGAGGGGAGAAUAUAGGCAAUAUUCCCCCACUUCUCUACAAAAUGCUCUUCACAAGGUUCUAAACAAAAACAUGACUGUGUAUAAGGCAGCAAAAGUAUAUGGAGUUCCAAAAACAACUCUUUUAGACAGGGUGUCUGGUACCAUCAGCGCCGAUGCUGUAAAAUCUGGUCCAGCACCUACUCUAGAUAUUGACCAGGAGGCACGAUUGGUUGAACAUAUAAAAUUAAUGGCCAACUACGGCUAUGGAUAUACACGGUCUGAAGUUGUAGAUUUAGCAACAUCACUGGCUAUACAUCUUGGCCUCAGAGAGAAAGACAAGCCAUUUACGCUGAAUUGGUUUUACUCCUUUUUGUCAAGAUGGCCAGAGCUGAAGACCAUAAAAGCCAGGGGGCUAGCCAUGACCCGUGCCAAGUCGGCAUCUCAAGAAAACAUAGAUAAAUAUUUUCAAGAACUUGAAAAAAUCAUUUCAAAGUACAACCUUCAAGACAAGCCGUAUUGUAUAUAUAAUGUAGAUGAAAAAGGAAUUAAUUUCCAACAUAAACCACCAAAUGUCGUCAGUUCAAAACAAUCUAAACCCCCUGGUAUAGUGUCAGAAAAUUCCCCAACUCUAACAAUCAUUGGUGCGGGCAAUGCACUUGGUACACAAAUUCCCCCAUAUCUUAUUUUCCUGGGCGCUCGCAUGAAUCCCGAUCCUCUUCAAAACUGUUCUGAGGGGACCGCGGGUACUGUGAGUGCUUCUGGUUGGUCCAACACUAACAUAUUUCAGAAGUAUUUGAGUGAGCAUUUUAUGAAGUACGUGCAAGGCUUAACAAAUAACCAACCUGUUUUACUUAUGUAUGAUGGUCAUAAGUCUCAUUAUUGAAUGGGCAAAGGCCCACAAUAUCAUCAUUUUAGUGUUACCUGCGCUUUGCAGUCAUAUUCUGCAGCCGUUAGAUGUAGGUUGUUUUGGGCCUCUUAACAACAUUCUGAACAAUGCGUGUCAUGAAUAUAUUCGUGAACACAGAGAACCCAUCAACCGAUAUAAUAUCGGAAAGCUUGCAUCAGAUGCUUAUGUCAAGGCACUGUCUCCAAACAACUUGCAAAAUUCUUUUGCUAAAGCAGGAAUUUAUCCUUUUGAUCAAAAUUGUGUGUCUGCCGUCACUUUACUUCCAUCAACCUUGUUUAAUUCUGACGCACCGACUGACAAUGACCAUGAUUCAAUACCAUUAGAUGAUGAGAUUGGUCGACAAGACAAAGGUACGGACAAAGAUUGUGGCCCUGAAAUUGACGUGAACUCUGACAGGGCACAGACGGACAUGGAGAAUAAUACUACACGUUUCUUUGAUAAAUGUGAGCAGAAUUUGAAAAUUGAGAAAAAGCAAUCAACCCAAAAUAGAAAAUAUUUAUCAAGCAUCACCUCUGGUAAAGCUGUUACUGAGAGUGAAAUCAUGAAUGAAAUUGUUGAGCAUUGUAAGAAAUCAGGAGCUUCAAAAAACAAUGAGGUUUGUAGUAAGAAAAGAAAAAGUACUGAAACGAAAUCCACUGACAGUUCAAGAAAGGUAAGCAAAAAUAAGAAGGCACGUAAAACCAAUUUUGUGAAUUUAUCACAAGAACCUGGCCCAUCAGGUUUACAGAAAACAAUUUCUGAUCAUGAUUUGUCCGCCGAGAGUGAUGAAUCGGAUGGGGACGAAAUCCCUUGUUGCGUCUGUAAUAAACGAUUUCCAGAUGCAUUAAGGAAUUGCGUUUCCCUAGUUUUUGUAAAAUGGGGUGAAUGUAUGUAUGAAAACUGCAAUCACUGGACACAUUUACGAUUUUGUUGUGAUGUAAAUGUUUUAAGACGACACAGUGUAUUUUAUUGUCCGUGUCACGGACUUCCAUGUCUGCAAGAUGAAGAGUAAAAAAAAAAAUCUUCAUGUCUGUAAAACAAAUGUAAAACAGAAAUGAUAUUAAAUAAUGAUGAAUAAAUAAUAUUUGAAACCAUGCCAUAUUUUUUGCUUGAUUUAUUUCAUAUCAUAAUACGCACUUUUUAAAAAAAUAUAUAAAUUAUUCCAGAUUUUACGUCUCUGAUACCGACUUCGCGUCUAAAUAUUAUAUAGGUCGAAAACACAAGACGCUUGAUUUUGGAGGAUCAGAAAUCGACUCUUUGGAUGUGGGGGUGUUUCAAAGAAAUAGAACAAAAUGGUAUAAUUUGACCGAUACUGUUCAAUUGACAACAUUUGGUUUAGACUUGAACUCUGUGAAUUAUUUGCGUUUUCUAUGUAGUUUUAUUUAAAUUCCUAAAAGUGUCUUAGUAGGUCGAAAAUACAAUACGCCAGG